AUGGUAUCAAAACGAUUCUGUGCGUGGGUGAUUGAGUGUGUGUGCUGUGUGUCUUUCUUUGGGUAUCCAUGUGUUGCUUACCUUGGCCAAUGGAAGUGUGGCCUUUUUCACACUAAUAACGAAUCACAAAUUGUAUACAAAAAUAACUUCUUUUUUUUUAAAUGGGACGUUUCCCUAACCUGGUUUUUCUUUUCUCUGAUUUGCAGCUCAGCAGAGGACAAGUUCCGAUGGAACAACCAAGAUGGCCAGAAGGACAUUGAGGAGGAGCUGACCACAGGUCUGGAGCUGGUGGACUCCUGCAUCCGCUCCCUGCAGGAGUCUGGCAUACUGGACACCCAGGAGUUCACUGCUGGAGACAGACAAGGCCUCCUUUCCCAGAGUGCUUUGCAGCUGAACAACCAGGAUGCGUACGCGGCAGCCGGUUACCAUAGCAACCAGGGCCUAAUCCUGGGCGAGGGGGCUGGUCCCCGUGGCGGCCAGGUGGGAGGGGCCGUCCAUAGCUACAACCAGGUGACCUCCAACCGUGUGGCGGCCCAUCUGGCGGCAGGCGGGGGGGAUUCCCCCUCCCAGUGCCAGCGGGACUCGUACGCCCAGCAGCACGCCAGCGCCUUCCACCUGCCCUCCGACGGAAGCCCCGCCUCCUCCGCUGCUGGCAGCUCCGGACCCCCCAUGUACUACUCCUGUGCCACGCUCCCUGCCCAGCGUGUAAGCUCUCCUCUGCAGGCCAUGGGUUCUCCCACUAAGCUCCAGAGGCUGGCCUCCACAUCCUCGGAUAUGCCCAGCUAUGCCACCCUACAGCGGGUCUCCUCGCCCAAGCAGUCCCCCAGCCGGCUUGCCAAGUCCUACAGCACCUCCUCCCCCAUCAACAUGGUGGCCGGCGCCGGCUCCUCCCCCCUCGCCAUGGCGACCUCGCCGGGGGGCAACCUGUCGGCCGCCUCCCCCUUCCACGUGCUGAGCUCCGGGGUGGGCAGCUACGCCACGCUGUCGCCCACCAAGCGCAUGCUGCACCACGUGGGGCCCGACGGCUACAAGAUCUCCCACGAGCUGUACGCCAACGCCACCCUCAAGAGGCCAGGGAGCCUGGCAGGUUCCCGAGGGUCAUACAGCAGUCAGCACAGUCACCUGGGGUCUGAACUCCGACCCCUGCAGUCCCCUGAGCACCACAUCGACCCCAUCUACGAGGACAGAGUCUACACCAAGCCCAACCUGCGGGGACAAGACCCCAUGGUUGACCAGCUUUGCCAGGAAGUCCUCAACUAUCUGCUCUAUCCCUACGCUCUAGCCCCGCCCUCUCCCGGUGUCGACCCAAUCCCCUUGCAGCGCACAGCUAGCCAGAGUGCGUCCGGCACCUAUCAGAGGGCCAGCUUCGCCGCGGGGGGCGGAGUCUCGGACUACGGCAACCCGUACCGCACGCUGCCCUUCUGCACGUCUAGCGAGUCGCCCUACAGCAAGUCUGGCACGAUACUGCCCCCUGAGGUGGCCCUGGCCCGGUCUCCGUCGGUGGACAGCAUCCAGAAGGACCCCAGGUGGUUGACUCAAUGGGUGAACAGUGAAGAUCAGUCCUGUCCUCAAAUGCCCUCAUACAGUCCUCAGCAGACAUUGUUUGUGGUUGUGUAUGUGUGUGUGUGUGUGUGUGUGUGUGUGUGUGUGUGUGUGUGUAGGAACGUGAGCUCGGCGGGGGAGGAGGCCCGUAGGAGGAUGAGGGAGUGUGAGGGGCUGACGGACGCUCUGCUCUACGUCAUCCAGACGGCUCUGGGGAGCAGCGAGAUAGACAGCAAGACCAUAGAGAACUGUGUGUGUAUCUUGAGGAACCUGUCCUACCGGCUGGCUGCAGAGACAACCCACAGCCAGCAGGGGGCUCAGCUGGACGGCCUGCUGAGCGACGCCGGGGGGAAGGACGGGGAGAGCUCCGGCUGCUGGGGCAAGAAGAAGAAGAAGAAGAAGAGCCACGACCAGUGGGACGGCGUCGGCCCCUUCCCGGACUCGGCCGACCCGCCAAAGGGCAUCCAGAUGCUGUGGCACCCCACCAUCGUGAAGCCCUACCUCACCCUGCUGUCCGAGUGCUCCAAUCCAGACACGCUGGAGGGCGCGGCAGGGGCGCUGCAGAACCUGGCAGCCGGGAGCCCUCCCCCCUCCGUGUACAUCCGCGCGGCGGUGCGUAAGGAGAAGGGGCUGCCCAUCCUGGUGGAGCUGCUGAGGAUAGACAACGACCGGGUGGUGUGCGCCGUGGCCACCGCCCUGCGCAACAUGGCUCUGGACGUCCGGAACAAGGAGCUCAUCGGUAAGUACGCCAUGAGGGACCUGGUCCACCGCCUGCCCGGCAUCGGCGGCAGCAACAACAACAACACCAGCGCCGGGGGCGGGGCAAACGGCAGCGGGGGCGGGGCCAAUGGCACGGGGCUGCCGGGCAAGACCAUGUCGGACGACACGGUGACGGCCAUCUGCUGCGCGCUGCACGAGGUCAUCACCAAGAACAUGGAGAACACCAAGGCCCUGAGGGACGCCGGCGGCAUCGAGAAGCUCAUCGGCAUCGCCCGCAGCAAAGGAGACAAACACACUCCCAAGGUGGUGAAGGCCGCCUCGCAGGUUCUCAACAGCAUGUGGCAGUACAGAGACCUACGCAGCCUCUACAAGAAGGAUGGCUACUCCCAGUACCACUUUGUGGGCUCCUCCUCUACCAUAGAGAGGGACAGACAGAGGCCUUACUCCUCCUCCCGCACCCCCUCCGUCUCCCCCGUCCGGACGUCCCCCAACAACCGCUCCGCGAGUGCUCCAGCCUCACCAAGGGAAAUGAUGGCGGCGAAGGAAAGGAAGGCGGAUUAUGAGUCGACGAGCAAUCCUGGUUACCAUGGCAACAAGGGCGAGCACACCUCCAGGAAGGACGCCAUGGCGGGUCAAAUCCCGGGCGGAUCGUCAACGCUACACAGAGGAGCCUACGUCUCGCCCACAGACGACCUAAAAUACAACCAGGUGUCCUCCCAGGGCAUGCCCUCCGAGCCCUACCCGCCCUUCCAGAACCCCCCGCCGCCGCCCGGCGCCGGUAACUACGACGACCAGGCCUUCUACGAGGAGCAGGUGCACGCGGCGGGGGGCCGCCCCCCGCAGGGAGACCUCAACAUGCACCUCGGGGGCCUCAAGUCCACUGGCAACUACGUGGACUUCUACUCCGCGUCGCGGCCCUACAGCGAGCUCAACUACGAGACCAGCCACUACCCGGCCUCGCCGGACUCCUGGGUCUAGUGGGGUACCCCCCUCCUGGGUCUAGUGGGGUAACCCCCCUCCUGGGUCUAGUGGGGUACCCCCCCUCCUGGGUCUAGUGGGGUACCCCCCCUCCUGGGUCUAGUGGGGUACCCCCCCUCCUGGGUCUAGUGUGGGAGCCUCCUUCCGGUUCUAGUGGGGGAACCCCCCCUGGGUCUAGUGGGGGAACACCCCCUAGAUCUAGUGGGGGAACACCCCUGGGUCUAGUAGGGGGACCCCCUUUCUGGGUCAAGUGGGGGAACCCCCUUCUGGGUCUAGUGGGGGAACCCCCUUCUGGGUCUAGUGGGGGAACCCCCCCUGGGUCUAGUGGGGGAACACCCCCUAGAUCUAGUGGGGGAACACCCCUGGGUCUAGUAGGGGGACCCCCUUUCUGGGUCAAUGGGGGAACCCCCUUCUGGGUCUAGUGGGGGAACCCCCCCUGGGUCUAGUGGGGGAACCCCCCCUGGGUCUAGUACUCGAGAGAUCCAGAGCCUGAGAUGAAGGGGGGGAGGGGAGAGGAUGAUCUCUUUAUUUUUGUUCCAUUAGUUCUUCUUUAUCUCUCUGCCCCCCUUGUACAAUUCCAAGCCCCCACCGACGUCAUUACCUUCACGACCAUCUCUGCCCCCUCUCACCUUCACCCACCCACCCCCCCACUCUCCUCAGUGUUUGUUUGUUUUGAUUUACUCAGUCAAGCCAGUAGUGAGUAAACAUGGGUGUGAGUAUGGGCGUGCAUUAAUGCGUGAGUGCGCUCGUUAGUGUGUGAUGUGUGCAUAUGCGUGUGUGCAUGCAUGCUUGAGUGCGCGCGCGUGUGUGUGUGUGUGUGUGUGUGUGUGUGUGUGUGUGUGUGUGUGUGUGUGCAUGCAUCCGUGAGUGUGCGCGCAUGUGUUUCUGUGUGUAUAGGGCAGAGGAAGGGCGGGCGUAUAGAAAGGAAAGGAGAAAUGGAAUCAAAAGGAAAAGACAUCCUCCUUCUCAAUCUCCCGUCUCUCUCCCUCCCUCACACCAUAUAGACUGCUGAUGGAAAUGAGAGAUAGGGAGAGAGAGGAGGGAGGGAGAGAGAGACAAGGUGGUCCCAGGUGACGAAGGACCAGAGCCAUGCAUGUUGCAUGCACACUGUGACCGCCAAGAGUCCCCCAACACACAAUUGAACACAAACGACAACAAAACAACAGCUGGCACAAUGUCCUUCCAAUGCGUUUGUUGCGUAUGGUUACAGAUCGGUCAGAAUGCGACAUAACUCCCGCCUCCGAAUGGGGUCCACAAAGAGAGUGAGAGAAUGUAAAAUAAAAAUGAUGGACAGCCUAGCGAGGUAAAAGAAAGUUAGAAUGUAGAAUAACGAAAGAUGGAGACGAAGGGAAGAGCGAGAGCAGGGGAGAGAGAGAGAGAGAGAGAGAGAGAGAGAGAGAGAGAGAGAGAGAGAGAGAGAGAGAGAGAGAGAGAGAGAGAGAGAGAGAGAGAGAGAGAGAGAGAGAGAGAGAGAGAGAGAGAGAGAGAGAGAGAGAGAGAGAGAGAGAGAGAGAGAGAGAGAGACGUACCAGUAUUGCGAUGUACUGAGUCACGGAAGGACACGGAUGAGGGGGAAAGUUUGGAUCAAAGGACUCAGAAAAGGUUGAGCGAGAAAGGCCGUGGAUGGAAAAGGAGAGAGAGAGCUCAAAGCACUGGGCGUACGAGGUUUGCAUGUUUGGAAGAAGCGAUCAUGGGGAGGGGGGCGGGGGGGAAGGGGGCAUGUCUGACGAAGACAGCGGAUGUACAUAUUUGGUCACAGAAAACGGAUCUAUUUGUAACGUGAAGCACAAGAGACGAGACGAGUCGUAGGCCCAGCUGUCCAUCAGAGAGAUCCCCCCCCCCCCCCACGCUCUCUCUAUACACUGUUAUACUGUGUGAGGUCAUGACUCAACCCCCACCCUCCCCCACCUCUACUCCACCCUGACCCCACCCCCUGCCAGGUAGAGCGAUGCUUUCCUUUUUUUGUAUCAUUUACUUGUUUGUUUUUUUCAUUUUCGGGUUUCUUUUGUAUUAUUCUGGUUGUAUAGUAUUUGAUGUACAUUGACGACAUGACUUUGUUGUAUUUUACAUUGCACUGAUUUCUGUGUAAGGCCUUCUCCGCGAUGCAAUGCGCUGGGACUUAUCGUCAGAACACAACUGUACAUCUACACACACACACACACGCACACGCACACAAACCUUUCUACCGAAUAAAAAGGAAGGGCGAGAAAUCUCAUAUCACAGCUACGACAAAGAUACAGGGAACGAUUCCGAUAUCUGGCUAAAAGGUGAGAAUGUGAUUUCGAUGAUGAGGAGGGGGUUUAAAAAAAUAUACUGACCAAUCAUGGUGCUCCUUCACUGCCCUAGAAAUAGGCCUCUGUGGUCUUCAGGGCUCUCAGAAGACAUUCUGACCCUAAGACACAGUGGUUACAAACCCCAUUCAACAAAGCGUUUCCCGGUCAAGCCCUUUUUUUACUACGAUUUCUCGGUAGCUCCUGUGAUGUCGAGGUUGGUUUUGAUAGUAGCUGGAGUUUCAGUCGAUGUCUGUUUUAUUUACACCUCCAAGAAGACAAGACACCCAUUCUCGUCCACAAAACUUUGCUUAGAAUCACGGUUUAUCACUGUUAAAGGAAAAAAAAAACGUGCCAAACGUGGGUAUGCAGAUGGCGACAUGGGAGGGAGGAGUGGGAAGGUCAAAGUUCAGUUGAGGAUUCCUACUUCCACAUAGCGUCAUUGGUUUGUAAAUGUUUUUUUUAACUGUGUUUUACUGGGAUCAAACUGUCUUACUGCACUGAGACUUGAAGAGGAAUACAAAAUAGUAGUAAUAAAAAAAUCGAUAAGAAUAAAAAAAGUUGGGACUGUAAAAAGGCGGUUGUACAAUAUUAGAUUAUUUCUGUGUUGUAAAAUAUUCAAUGUUUGAAGUUCUUCAUUUAGUUUCCUUUCUCAAAGAUGGGUGGCGAUUAUAAGUUUCCUGGUAGACAAAGCUGUUAAUAGAGUAUGGAUAUAUAUUAUAUAAAUAUAAAUAUAUACUUUUUACGUGCAGACGUGGAUGUCACUUAUAGCAUCAACAUAAUGAUGAAAAAAACGAGAACUCCCAUGUAGGACGACUUUUUUUCACGUUUUACCUUCUGCUCUUCACACUAAAGAUGUUGACUUUGUGGGGUAAUGUUGUGGCUGAGUGCUGGACCAGACCAGGUUCCGAGAGUUAUCAGGUUGUCCCUGCUGAAACAAACGGAAAGUGGCGAUGUUUAUGUCUUUUUUUUUUACGGUGUUAAUUUUUCUAACUGUACACAGAAUGUUACGUUUAUUUGUUUGUUUGUUUGCAUAGAUUAGGUAUAGCUGCCAAACAUUAUCAACGUGACUAAUAAACUUUUCAAAGAAAGAACGUUUUUUUCGUACAAUUUUUCGCUACUUACAUCCUGUCACGUUGGCCUUGAUGUGGCAUAAGCGUGUGGAUGUAAAUCGCGAACAAAUAUGUUCAACGAAGGUUUUUGACGACAACGUCGGUCCCUGGUCUGCCCAACCUGCAGCUGUUUAGAAGUCUUAGUAGCGGUCCAUUUUCCGAUGCUUGAAAUGAAAUAACGAUGACGCGAUGAUCCAGAGAAAAACCUUAACAACACACAAACACUGAUUGAGAAACAGACAUAUCUUACAUGUUAGCGAGCAUCCGGAUACUGGCGGUGUACCGUUUGUCUUUGUGAUCCGCCAGUAUGGAAACCCUGCAGGACCUGUAUGGAAUGGGAAGGGAGGCGUUUUUCUUUUUGUUGUUGCUAGAUGACAAAAAAAAUGUGUUUUAAAGAGAUACAAAAACUUGUUUAAUCUUUUUAUUGCCUCAAACUGAUUGCAACAGAUCCACACACAAAAAAAUGUAACGGACCAUGGAAGAUGGGUCUCGGCUUUCAGGAGUUGUUAUUUUGCGUUGCCAAAGAUGAUUUUCAGCUGUUUCCUGGUAUACGACCAACCCAUAACACUCUGACCUGGAUUGAAAUAAAGCAGUCGUGACAGUU